CUGAGGCGGGCCGGGGCGCUUCAGCGGAGCGCGGGCACCAUGGCGGGCGCGGAGCCGGCCGCCCGGAACAAGCCGGACAACACGGCCUUCACCCAGCAGCGCCUCCCGGCCUGGCAGCCGCUGCUGUCGGCGGGCACGGCGCUGCCGCUCUUCUUCUGCGCGGGCCUGGCCUGCCUGGCGCUGGGGCUGGGGCUGCACUUCUCCUCGGACACCAUCCGCGAGCUGGAGCUCGACUACACCGGGGCGCCGGGCAGCGGCCACAACUGCUCCCGCUGCGCCAACGCCAGCCUGGCCGGGGCCGGGGGCUGCACCUGCUCGGUGCGCUUCGAGCUGCCCGAGCGCUUCCCGGGGCCCGUGUGCCUCUACUACCAGCUCUCCAACUACUACCAGAACCACCGGCGCUACAGCGUCUCCCGCGACGACCUGCAGCUCAGCGGGGACGCCUCGGGGCUGAGCAACCCGGCCACGGAGUGCAGCCCCUUCCGCACGGACCCCCAGGGCAUCCCCAUCGCCCCCUGCGGGGCCAUCGCCAACAGCCUCUUCAAUGACACCUUCGCCCUCUACCACCUGGCCAACGGCACCUUCUACCCCGUGCCCCUGGACAACCGAGGCAUCUCCUGGUGGACCGACUCCAACAUCAAGUUCAGCAACCCCGAACUCAUCAAUGGCAGCCUGGAGGCCGCCUUCAAGGGCACAACCAAGCCUCCCAACUGGCCCCAUGCUGCCUACAUGCUGGACGAGGGCAACCUCAACAAUACCGGCUUCAUCAACGAGGACUUCAUCGUGUGGAUGCGCACCGCGGCUCUGCCUACCUUCCGCAAGCUCUACCGCCGCGUGCGUGAGGGCAACUUCUCCUCUGGCCUGCCCCAAGGCACCUACCGCCUCGACAUCACCUACAACUACCCCGUCCUCUCCUUCCAGGGCACCAAGAAGGUCAUCUUCAGCACUGUUUCCUGGAUGGGUGGCAAGAACCCCUUCCUGGGCAUUGUCUACCUGAUCUUCGGCUCCGCCUGCAUCCUCACUGGCUUUGUCAUGCUGGCUGUGCAUAUUAAGUUCCAGAAACAAAACCAGAUGGAUGUGGAAUAGAGAGAUGAAGUCCAAAUGUCAUCAAACUUCGGAUCUGAAGCUCAACUUCCUCCAAACUUUGCUGCUAGCAUCCGGGCCUUAUCCUUCUCUUUCACUGUUAUAAUUCUGAUCUCAAUGGGUUUGCUGUCAACUCUCACCAGUGUAAGUGAGAGCAGAAUUGGGCCUUCCAUGUCUGUAAUGGGCUGAAUGAAAACCUCCUUCUCCUUGCCACAAAACUAUGGGAAAGUUCAAAUCUGAUUAAAACUUUACAGCUCCAACUUAUUCAGACUGAGCAUCACUUGGUGUAUUUAUCUGUGCACCUAAAGGAUCACUGUCAGAUUUUCUUUUUGCCCAACACAAUUACCAAUGUUUUUAAUGACACCACAAACUUUUUUUUUUAACAGUGGAAGAAUUUUAACCUGUUUUUCUUCUUCUAUCCUUUUCCUCUGGGUUUAACUUCUGUUUUUCUAGCCGCUUUCUACCAAUGAAAGUGAAGCUUGCUAGUCUCUGUUUAUUGAUAGAUUGUAGUCAAUUGCAUAUUCAGGUUACCAUGCAUUAGCACAAUGGCCUGCUGUUUGAAUUGCAAACUUUGAAGUGGAUUGUCUUUAAAAUCUAAUAGUAUCAUUUAAUAAUCUUAACAUUUCCAUUAGGUCUGACAGGAUUUUCACUGGACCUGUAUUUGGGGCCUAAGUUAUUGGUGCCUUUUUCUUUAAAGUUGUAAAAGGGACAUUGGGCAAUAGCUUAGCAAGACCAAAGAUCUAUAAGAGAUAAUUUUCACAGUGAUGAGUGCUACCAUAUUGCUUGAGCCCAAGGUGUAAAACACUCCCAUAAAGAAGCAUCAUUCUGCUGGUGGUUGAUUUGCAAUUAGUAGAUGCUUGUGGCUAACAAUCCAAUUGUCAUCUGUUGUCAUUUUAAAUUUUUUUUUUUUUUUUUUUUUUUUUACUUUUUGGAGAGUAGGAAUGUAUACUAGUCCUUUAUUGAAAUGGAAAAAAUUGAACUGGAGCUGUCCAAAAGGAUAAACUUUAAGGUUGAUAUUAAUCCUUCAUGAGAGACUAUCUUGUGAGAUACCAGCUGGGUAAAUUGUAACAGUGAUCCAAAACCAUUUAUCUUCCCUCUUUCCUUCCUCUCACUUGGGAUCAUGCUGGUAGCUGCAGAGAGAGUAGCCCCUCCCCUGUAUACAAGUGACUUUACCUGUAAGCAUCUUUUGAACAAAAUUGACUAGUGUUGGUGGACUCCACUUAAUUUCACUUAUCAAGCACUUAUGGCAAAAGGCUCCUUUCUUUCUCUGCUAUAGAUUUAUCUUCCAUUAAAAAGGGUGGGAGGAUCUUACCUCGUCUAUAUGUCCUUUUUCUAAAAGAUAUUGCUAAGAAUGGCAUUAAAUAACUUUUGAGACUAGAAACACCUCUUAUAUGGCAAUAAAAAUUGGUCAUCCAACUUGCUUAUCUAAAAUGUAUAGUAUAUAAAAUAACUUCAUAAUUUUUUCAACCAAAACAUACCCAAUCAUGUAUUCAAAAACAGUGACCCCAGCUAGGAGAAUAGUCAGAGUUCUCAAAUAUGUAUUUUCUUGAAUGUUUAUAUUUUGUUUCUGUCCUGUGAGGGUUUUUUCCACCUCUUAAAGAGCUGAGCUGACAAGAAGUUAAAGUGAUGGUAGCCUUAGGGAACCAUCACUUGAUAGUGGUUGCUUAUGAGAGGUACUCUGGUUAGCCCUGUUUAGGAUUCCUUAUUAGAUGUCUGAUUGCCUGUGGCAUGUAGAUCUCUAAUUCACAAUGUAACUGCUCCCCUUCUCACAUCUAUGUAUAUUUGAAGUCUUUGGGCAAGUGUGGAACUUCUUAAUUUUUCAAGUUGGGUGAUUCUUACUCCAGAAAAGUUUCUUCAAACUGAAUUAUAAAUGCAGGCUUAUUACGACUUCAGAAGCAGUGUCUUUUAUACCAGUGCUGUGAACUACAUGUCAAUUGAAACGUGAAAAGUUAUGUAAAGCCUUAACCAAAUUGCCUUUAGUUCUUUGAUAAUGCUUUGAAGUACACAAGUAAUUGUCUGUCUGAGAAAUGACUUUGCAUAUUAAAUGAACUUUUUUUCCCCCCAAGCUCCCAGUGGGACUGGCUCUGUGGAAUGCUGCAAGUGCAAGAAAAGACCUUCAUAUGAACAAAUAUAAUAGCAGUGUGUUCAGCCUAUGGCCCAAAUUCUGCUCUGUUCAACCCACACAAAUACCACUGAGGUUGCAAAGGUGUAAAUGAGGGCAAAUCUUGUCCUUUCAGUUUGAAAAAUAUAUUUGCCCUGCAGUCUGAUUUAUCUGGGAAGUAGUCUGUAGGAUGCGAAUAUAUGUAAUUCUUUAUACUAACUGUUAGGAAUGUUAGCUGUCUGGAUUGUGAAAUGGGUGCAUCACCCCACAAACUGGUAAUGCUGCCGGUUCUGCUAGUAUCUCUUUAGCUUAAUAAUUGAAGUGGAUCUUCUGGAAGCCAACUUUGAGUGGAAAGGGCAAGCUCAACUUCAGUAGAGACAGUGUAGGGCUUUUUGUGGAAAGAACUCAACUACCUAAACCUGCUGUAGUCCAUAUGCCUUCCAGAAACAUUCACAAAGUACAGGCCAGCUGAGCAAACCUGCCUGGAGAGGUGGUGACUAGAUUAUGCAAGCAGAUGAAAUGGAGGAAGACUUCAUUGUAGACUGGAGGCAUGAUUCUUCUUUCACUUACCCUGGUGUGCAUAACUUCAUUGAAUCCAGGGAGUUCUUCUCUGAUGUAACCAACAUAAAUUAGAGGAGAAUCAGAACCUCGCUGAUUUAUGGGAGGCUAUUCUGCAUAAUUUUCAGUAACUGUUACUUCUCCAUAUUUUGUUUCUUCUGUAUAGAAGACUUCCUCAUUAAAGUAUGUGUAGAUUUUAGUCCUAUAUUAUAUAUCUUUCCCAGCAUUUUAACUGCAGAGUAAAGAAAUACUUUUAUUUCCCAUUAUCACCUGAUGGAUCCCUUCUAGUCUAAAGCAACUGGGGGUGACCCCCCUUUCUCCUCUCUCCCCAGUCCAUUUUGAUAACUUUACCUGAUUCCUCUAUUAAUAAACAGCUCAUUUCCCCCGUUGAAGGCAUAGUUAAGAAUUUGACAACAUGAAUGAAUAUUGAAUUACUCUCUAGAAAGAACCCCAGUCUUCAUAAACUUGUUUAAGGUAAAAGGAGUUUAUGGGGAGACUGUAAUUUUAUUCAUAGAAUGCUUGGGAGCAGUCAAGGUCCCAAUUACUUAAAAAAUAAAUACAUAAAGCCAGGAUUACUUAUUCUGUAUGGCUGCCAGCAGGUGAACUUGUAAAGAAUCCUUGAGACAGUUUUACUGGGUGGGGGUUUUGAUCAAAGCUUAUAAUUAACAUUUAUGAUGCACAAUAAAAGGACAAUUAAACAAUGCUUAAUGUAUGUCUUGGAAUCCCAUAAGGCUUUUCUUCUGUAGUAAUGAUAACAAUUUUGUAUUCACUUACAAAUCCACUCAUACUGGUAAAUCAGGAAGACAAAGCCUUUCAAAGUGGAACACAAUCUAGGUGAGCUUUGGUUCUUAUUGGUAUUCUGUUUGAAAUUUAGUAGCCUUAUUUCUUGUACCUGUAAUUUUGUGAGCAAAAGUAACUGCAGCAAUGGUUUGUUUAUCCACCUAUCUGAUUGCCCCAGAAUAUUAAGUAAUUACAGUUGCAAAAUUGUGCCCACAGUUACUUUUCAAGUGCAAAAAAAGGUAAUCUGGGUUUUAAAAACGGAACUGAUUUUUUUUUAAAGAAAAUGAACUACAAUGUUCCAGUUACAGUUGUGUUAAUCCCAAAUUUGUGUUGAUAACACAGAUUGGGAUUGGAUUUUUAGCACAGCAAUAGGUUGACUUUUUUUUUUUUUUUAAGAUCUUAAUUAAAAUCAAAACAAAUUUUAUUUGGAGUGUUUUAAAGUCCUCCAUUAGAACAAGAAGAUUUUCUUUCUGUCAUUUUAAAUUCUUUACUAAAAUAUUAAUUCUGUUUAGUGGGACAAUUCAACACGUCGUCUGGGAUUAACUCAACUUUAUUUUGAAGUUCACUUCAAAGGGUCCGUGGUCAAAAUAACCAUAUUCACUUGCAAUACUAUAAAAUCUGAAAAUCUAGCUAUCCUGUUUAUUCUUUUUCUACUUCAGGGUUUGGACAGUGUAACUAGGCUCAUAAAUUUCACUUGUGCUUUA